UCCUCUUUCCCCGGCCCCGCCCCGCCCGGCCCAGCCCCGGCUCAGUCGCCGCCGCCGCCGCCGCGAACAUGGAGCCCCCGGACGCGCGGACCGGGGCGCGCGGGGCCCCGCGGCUGCUGCUGCUGCUGCUCGCGCUCCUGCUGGGGGCGCGCCCAGACGCCCAGGCCGAGGUGCACAUCUCUGUGCCUCCCCUGGUGGAGGUGAUGCGAGGGGAGCCCGUGGCCCUGGACUGCACCCUCUUGGAGGCCCACGACCAUUUCAUGCUGGAGUGGUUCCUGACGGACCGCUCCGGGGCCCGCCACCGCCUGGCCUCGGCGGAGCUGCAGGGCUCCGAGCUCCAGGGAACAGUGCUGAGCCCCCAGGGCCGCAGCCCUCCGUACGAGCUGGACACGCAGGGGCGCCUGGUGCUGGCCGAGGCCCAGGUGGGCGACGAGCGUGACUACGUGUGCCUGGUGACAGCUGGGGCAGCAGGCACUGCGGAGGCCACCACGCAGCUCCGAGUGUAUGCCAAGCCAGAGACCACUGAGAUCAUCCCCAACAAAGGGACGCUGUCUGUGAUAGAAGACUUUGCCCAGCAGAUUGCCACCUGCAUCAGCCGGAAUGGGAACCCGGCCCCUCAGAUCACGUGGUAUCGGAACGAGCAGCGCCUGGAGGUGCCCCUGGAAAUGAACAAGGAGGGCUACAUGACCAUCCGCACCAUCCGGGAGGCCUCGGGCCUGCUCUCUCUCACCAGCACCCUGUACCUGCGGCUCCGCAAGGCCGACCGGGAGGCCAGCUUCCACUGCGCCGCGCACUACGGGCUGCCCGACGGCCAGCACGGCCGCCUGGACACCCCUGCCUUCCGCCCCACCCUGCACUAUCCCACCGAGCACGUGCAGUUCUGGGUGGGCAGCCCGUCCACCACGGACGGCUGGGUCCGUGAGGGCGACUCCGUGCAGCUGCUUUGCCAGGGGGACGGCAGCCCCAGCCCGGAGUACACCUUUUUCCGCUUUCAGGACAAGGAGGAGACGGUGCUGAACACAAACCUCGAUGGGAACCUGACCCUGGAGGGGGUGCAGCGGGGCCAGGGUGGCACCUACGGCUGCAGGGUGGAGGAUUACGACGCUGCCGAGGACGCCGAGCUCUCCCAGACCCGGGAGCUGCGCGUGGCCUACCUGGACCCCCUCACGCUCAGCAUCGGUGACGAGCUCACCCUGACCCUGGGCGGCAGUGCGGCCGUGAACUGCUCCGUGCAAGGCCUGCCCACCCCCACCCUACACUGGACCAAGGAUUCUGCACCUCUGGGAAACAGCCCCAUGCUCGCUCUCAGCUCCAUCACCUUCGAUUCCGCCGGCACGUACACAUGUGAGGCCUCCAUGCCCACGGUGCCCCUUCUCAGCCGCACCCGGAGCUUCAAGCUGCUAGUCCAAGGAUUGCCAGAGUUAAGGGCAGAGGCCACCCAGCCCCAGCCCGAGGGCGGCUGGACGGAAGGAGAUGAAGUCAAGCUGAUCUGCUCUGCCCGCGGCUACCCAGAGCCCAAACUCCACUGGAGCCAAGGGGGCGGCAGCCCGGCAGAGCCAGCCCCCGGGGGGCCCGGCUGGGUGAGCAGCUCCCUGACCCUGAAGGUAACCGGAGCCCUGAGCCGCGACGGCGUCUCCUGUGAGGCCUCCAACCCACACGGAAACACCCGGCACGUCUUCCACUUCGGCACCGUGGCCCCCCAGACUGCCCAGGCCGGAGUGGCCGUCAUGGCCGUGGCCGUGAGCGUGGGCCUGCUGCUCCUCGUCGUCGCCGCCUUCUACUGCAUGCGACGCAAGGGGCGCCCUGGCUGCUGCCGGCGGGGGGAGAAGGGGGCCCCGCCGCCUGGGGAGCCAGAGCUGAGCCACUCAGGGUCGGAGAGGCCGGAGCAGACCGGCCUUCUCAUGGGAGGCGCCUCGGAAGGAGCCAGGGGUGGCAGCGGGGGCUACGGAGAUGAGUGCUGAGUCCGAGAACCUCCCGGAGAUGGCCCCUGGACCCGGAGCCGCGGGCAUCAGCGAGCACCGCCCCGGCCCCGCUCCCGCCUCCGCCGCCCCCCCCCUCGCAGGCCCCGCCCUCCCUUCCUUCCUCUGCCUCCCGGCGGACGACAGCAGCGGCCCGCGGAGGGAGGGCGACUCUCCCAGGCCCCAGAAUAGCUCCUGGAGCCCAGCCCAGCACCGGCCUGGGCCCGGGCUCUGAGGGUCGCGGCCGGGGCUAUUUUUACCUCCCCCCACACUCUGCUGCCCCCCCCCCCCACCUGAUGCCCUGCUGCUAGUCUGACACUGGAUCCCCGUCCCCGCCCCAUCCUCCGUGGACACUGGAGUCUGGAAUAAAUGCUGCCUGUCACCUCAA